AGACUAUGUAGAUGUACCCAUAGUUCAGAUGCAGUACUUUCUUAUAAGGAUGCGUUCUGUGACGUAUUUGAGCCCGAAUUGUUCUGUACUCACAUCCAUUGAGAACUUGCUUCUUUCCCACGCCUUCUUCUCCUUCCUCCAACAUGGCAUCUAGCAAUUUUAUUCGAACAGGCCGCAAGAUUAUUGCUAUCGGUCGCAACUACACCGAGCAUGCCAAGGAGCUCGGAAACGCAGUUCCUACUGCCCCUUUCUUCUUCCUCAAGCCUACCUCGUCCUAUAUCACUAACGGCCAAAGCAUCGAAAUCCCCGCCGGUGCUGAAGUUCAUCACGAACUCGAGCUCGCUGUCAUCAUUGGCAAGGAUGGUCGCGAUAUCCCCGAGAAGGAUGCAGACAGCUACAUUUCAGGCUAUGCUCUGGCCCUCGAUAUGACAGCACGCAACUGGCAGGAACAAGCCAAGAAGAAAGGGUUGCCGUGGAGUGCUGCCAAGGGCUACGACACCUUUACACCUAUUGGCGAUUUUAUCCCGAAAGAGGAGAUAUCCGACUACAACGAUGUCGAUCUGUCGCUCCAGAUUGAUGGGAUCACCAAGCAGCAGGGCAACACUCGCGACAUGAUAUUUGGUAUCCCAGCUUUGAUUGAGAACGUGUCCUCGAUUAUGAGACUGGAAGAGGGCGAUGUCAUCCUGACAGGAACUCCCAAAGGCGUUGGACGAGUCCUCCCAGGAGAGACCAUUACCUGUGAACUGGUGUUUCGGGGUAAGGUGCUCUCACAGCUGCGAUUUCCUGUGAUCGAUCGCCCCAAGCCCUGAAGAAGAAAACAAGCAUUACACAGCGAACACAUUAUAACAAACACAAUAGAGCUUCAAUAAGAAUUAUAGACAAAUAUUG